GCGACAGCUACAAGUGGGUACGUCGACCAAGGAUGGAGAGCUCCUUGAAACACCGGCGCGAACGUUCGCAGAAAAGGCGACAGCUUCUCGCCCAACAGCUGGGAGUUACAAGCACCAAACAGCUAAGCACAGUUCUAGGCAGCAAGGAAGAGUACAAAGAAGAAAGUAGAAUAGAAAGUCCUGCACUCCCAGAUGGCAAUGCAGCAGGGAAAUCCAACUUUCCUUUAGGAAAAGAACCAGAGAGUUUGCCAGUUCAAGAACAGGAGAAAGAGGGAGAAGAAGAAUAUGAAGAAAUUUAUACAGGUUCCAGCACUUUUCUGAAGGGGACUCAGAGUGCUAACCCUCACAAUGAUUACUGUCAGCAUCAUGUGGACACAGGGGAGAGACCACAAAACUUUAUCAGAGAUGUGGGUCUAGCGAAUCGGUUUGAAGAGUACCCAAAGCUGAGGGAGCUGAUACGACUGAAGGAUGAGCUCAUUGCGUCCACUGCCACACCUCCCAUGUAUAUGAACACAGACCUGGAGUCACUCUACCUUGGUGACUUGGACUGUAAGUUUGAUGUGAUCUACGUGGAACCCCCACUGGAGGAGUACCAGAGAACACACGGCGUAGUCUUUGACAAGUACUGGACGUGGCAGGAGAUUGAGAGUCUAGAGAUAGAGAAGAUAUCAGCACAGAGGUCGUUCAUCUGGAUGUGGGUGGGAUCCAGUGAAGGAUUAGAUGCAGGAAGAAGGUGUCUCAGAAAGUGGGGUUUCCGUCGCUGCGAGGACAUCUGCUGGAUUAAGACCAACAUUAAAAAUCCUGGACACAACAAGAAUUUGGAACCAAAAGCAAUAUUUCAAAGAACAAAGGAGCACUGCCUGAUGGGAAUCAAAGGUACAGUUCGCCGCAGCACUGAUGGAGACUUCAUCCACGCCAAUGUGGACAUUGACCUAAUCAUUGAUGAGGAACCCGAGUAUGGCAGCAAGGAGAAACCUGUGGAGAUCUUCCACAUGAUGGAACACUUCUGUAUGGGGAGACGGCGUAUCCACGUCUUUGGCAGAGACAGCACUAUACGUCCAGGCUGGCUUACCAUAGGCCCAGAUGUCUCCAGCAGUAACUUUGAUGCAGAACUUUACAACAGUUAUUUCAACAAAGAGCCCAAUGGCCACUUGACUGGCUGUUCAGAGGAGAUAGACAGACUGAGGCCCAAGUCUCCCACACCUAAAGCAAAGGCUGGGGGUGGUCAGGCCCCACCCAGGGGAGGCAUGGUGAGAGGGGGGAUGUCCAGGGGUGGGGGGCCUUCAAGGGGUAGAGGUGAGCCAGGAUGGAGGGGGAGAGGGGGGACCACCAGGGGAGGGUUUGUCCCCAGGGGGCGUGGAGGUCCCAGACCAGGACCUCCACCAAGAUGAUACCUGUCCUAAGUUUAUGAUAUUCCUGUCAUUCUUAAUGCUGUGGUUUUUAUCAUAACAUUAUAAAGCUGGUUUUUAUCAUAACAUUAUAAUGCUGUACUGUUUUUUUUUUUUUUUUUUUUUUUUUUUUUUUUUUAGAUAAACUUUUAUAUUAGCUGCAAGGUUAAGCUUUCUCAAUAUUUUUUCAACCUUCAGUUCAAAGAUGUAAGUCAAGAAUUUCAUGAAAUUAGGAUAGGAAUGUCAUUAUGUGAAAAUAUUAACACAGCAUUUCAUAACUAUAACAUUGUGAUAGCUUAUUAAUUUGUGUCAGCAGCCAUGCACAUAAUGAAUCAGUUUCAUUGAAAUGAAUUUAAAAAAAUUUGCAUAUAAACUGCAAAUGUGCAGAGGUGUUAACUUAAGUUUUUUUAAUAAGUGAAUAAUUGUCAGUGUACAGUGUAGAACAUUUUCAAGUCAAGUGAUCAUAUCAAUACCCAGAUCUAAAAUUAUCAUUAAAACUGUAAAACCCUAGUGUUCUCUCUAAACAAAUUUUGCCUUGUAUUAGCCUUUCUGACUGGAGCAUGUAAUAUCAGGUUAAUACAUUUUAAUGAGUACCUAUGUUUAUAGGGUACAUUGAAAAUAUGCACAUUGUACAGUAGCAACAGAUCCACUGAUAAUUAAAACAAACAUUUUUAUCACUUAA